AUGGAGAGUCAUCAUCCUUCGAAACGCCUGCGGCGCAGCACUAAAAGGUGCUACGAAUGCAGGAGGCGCAAGGUAAAAUGUCAAUUAGCCUCUGAGGACGUGGCAGCUUGCUCUGAGUGCCUUCGAACUGGUGCUCAAUGCACUCUACAAGCCCCGGAGACACAAUCCAAUGCAUCAUCGACAACUCUAUCCGACCACGAUGGACGACUCGAGCGCAUAGAGCAAUUGCUGCGUACUCUAGUUGAUAGCCAAGAGUCAUGCAAAUUACCUCCCAAAAAUGAGAUUGAUUUACAGCAACCAUUGAACUGGGAUGAAAUCUUGGAUCAAGACUUGUUUUCCGAUCAAUUUGGCAUACCCACGCCAUCGGGACUUUCCUUGCCACAGGAACAAUGUUCCAAGCCGCAUCAAGUGCAGCUGCCUCUGCUUCAAUACAAAGAUGAAACAGCCAAGCAAAUUCUCCUUGAACUUCUCCCAUCUGAAGCGGACGCUUCCAGCAUAGCCAGUCAUACCGGAGUGUGGGCGAUGGAACUUCCGAACCCUCCCGGAGCGAUUUGGAAACUUGGAGACAAGUCACCGGUUCGCGACAUUAGUGCUGCAGCACAAUUCAGUACCAUGGGAAUAGCGAAGGCGAUUUUGUUCUUUGCGUUGAGCAUACAACAACUACCUCCUGAUUACAAGACCAGUCAACUCCAGAUGGCCGAUGUUGAUGAUCAUGUCCGGCGGUAUACCCAAGUUGUGGGUACCUUGGUUCUCGCUCAUGAGGAGAUGUCAUGCUCCACCGAGGGACUAGAAUGCCUGCUCCUCCUGGGCAUGAUCCAUAUAAAUGAAGGAGAUCUCAAGCAAGCAUGGAUGAAGUUCAGAAGAGCGCUGGAUGUUGCACGGCUUCUGGGGUUUCACAAAAGCUAUGAGCCUUCCAUACGCCAAUCAACAUCUCCAGAGUUGGCGUUUCAUCGUCGAUUGUGGCUGUCAUCUGUCAUGGGAGAUAGCUUCUGCAGUCUAAUUCUCGGGUUUGAGACCGGGGCUACGCAGCCAUUCGGUCCGGAUUAUUCCUGGGAUGAUCCAUCUGCAGAUGAGAAUGCCAACUUUCAACGUCGGCUGUGCAUCUUAUCAGCCCAGUUGAGCCAAAGAAAUUUGUUUGGACUCCAGAAUAGUCUUGAAGAGGCAAAGUCCAUAAAUACUGCCAUUGAAGGGCUGCAGAAUGCCAUGCCAGACUCAUGGUGGCAAAGACCUGAUCUUCAGGAAGAGCAAUCUCUGAACUGUGCUCGGGAAUACGAUCGGUUACUCUCGCACUUGUGGUUCUUCUUACUUCAAAUCCUUGCCAACGUUCCAUUUUUGUUCGCACUGGAAGCCGACGCAGUGCAGUAUCGUGAUCGGUGUCUAGAAGCGUCGAAGACGACUCUAUACAGAUAUCUCGGUCUAUGUCUAGCUGGAACAAAUCGAAUCCACUGCAGAGCGGCCGAAAUCGCCGCCUUCGUUGCCUCUCUGGCUUUAAUUAUCGGCCUGAGCAAGGAUACUGGCCCGGAAUCUUCGAAACCGCUCAAAUCCGACAUCAUCCUGUUGGAGCAAAUCGUUGACUCUUUGGCGGCUCUUGGCCGGAGCUCUGCGCGAGAACAUUUCGCCCUGAAGAGUUCCGAAAUACUCACGACUGUACUGGGAAAACUGAAGGUGGGAGAUUCUGCGAUCUCAACCCAUCGGGGUGAAAAGAGAAAAGCGACAGACACUGCGAUUACCAAUUAUGCAACAAGACAGGUAGGCUUGCAUGAACUACUGAUUGCCUCGGUGAAGAAUGCUCUUGGGAAGCAACUUGUCACACAUAUUCUUGAUAUUGAUGAUACGAUCUGA